GGAAAUGCGCGGUACGAAAAUACAUCAUCGAGUAUGGCCGGCGCCAAUGCGCGGACAGUGAGCGUAUUAUCUUCCGCUUUAUCGUGUCAUAGGGCUCGAGCUCGGGCGACCCUUUUACAGCCUGUUGUAGUUGACAGAAGGGAAGAACCCUAAAUCCCUCGCAGGAGGGCGCGGGAAGAGCGAAGGGAACACCGAGCACACGGAAGAGGUUACAGGUAGUAAGAGCUGAGCAGCCUGACAAAUCUUUUCUGCCCGUCUUUCGUCGAUUCACAAGCUUUGGUCGCAAUGGGGGAUUAUGGCGAUGUGUACAUGCGGAAAGAUGGAGCAGGUCCGCCUGGGCGUACGAAGGCGCAGAAUCGUGCGACCGUGCAGCAACUGAAGCUGAUUGGGCAGAGCCAUCCCACAGGUUUAACUGCAAACCUUUUGAAACUUUUCGAACCCCGCCCACCCCUCGAGUACAAACCACCUCCAGAAAAGCGGAAAUGCCCUCCUUAUGCAGGGAUUGGGCAAUUCGUCAGCCAGUUUGCAGAGCCUGGGGAGCCCGAGUAUGCACCUCCUGUUACUAAAGGAGAAACACCGGCCCAACGUAGAGCGAGGAUUCAUCUCUUAAGACUGGAGAAAGGAGCUGAAAAGGCUGCUUCGGAACUGGAGAAAUAUGAUCCGCAAAAUGAUGUCAAUGUUGAAGGUGAUCCUUAUAAGACUUUAUUCGUAGCGCGAGUUAGUUACGAGACGACGGAGCACAAAAUCAAGAGAGAGUUUGAGGCUUAUGGUCCAAUAAAACGGGUUCGUCUAGUCAACGACAAGCUUAGCGGGAAGCCUCGCGGUUACGCUUUCAUUGAGUAUCAACACACCCGCGAUAUGAAGACUGCCUAUAAGCAAGCAGAUGGUCGGAAGAUCGACAAUCGACGUGUUCUUGUUGAUGUUGAACGAGGUCGAACUGUUCCGAACUGGAGACCUCGCAGACUCGGUGGAGGUCUAGGAUCAACGCGUGUUGGAGGUGACGAAGUGAAUCAGAAAUUUUCCGGACGUGAACCACAAGUUAUCACAGCGGCUCCCGCGGGAAGAUCUGAAGAGCCGAAGCCGCGAGAGCCUGAACGAGUUCAUGAAGAAAGAGAGCCGGAGAAGCGCGAUCGUGACCAUGACCGUGAUAGGGACAGAGACAGGGAACGUGGAGACAGGGAGAAAGAGAGGGGAGGGGGCGAUCGUGAGCGUGAUCGAGACAGAGAUUAUGAUCGACAUGUUGACAGGGGAAGAGAUCGUGGUGAUAGGGGAGGCCGCGAUCGAGAGCGUGAUAGGGACCGAGGAGGUCGUGAACGGGAGAGAGAUCGAUACCAUGACAGAGAACGCGAAAGAGAUCGUGGGGAUCGUGACAGAGACCGUAUUGAGCGUUCUCAUUCUCGAGAGAGGGACAGAGAGAGGAAUUUUCAUGGCAGCAUAUUGUUGAACUGAUAUAUUAUCCAGCUACUUGGAUUACGGAAUUUUUGAUUCCGAAAUGAGAGAUAGGUGAGUAUCCGGCCAGGUUUGUUGUGGAGUUGACGUGGUGAGUAUUUCAUCCCUCAUGGAGAAAGGAGCUGGUCACUUGGCACAGGUGGUAGUGUAUAUCUUAGAACGCCUUAGAAGGCUUUUAUUUUUGCUCUUAGCAAGAGUCCGCUGCUCUUUAGUCUGAAGUUAGAGAACCUAUUCGAAGGCCCGAACCAGAGAUUGGACGUCCACUAUGCUGUCGCGCCCGGGAUAGCCCUCGGAAAUGCCCUUGGAUUUCAGGUUUGUUCAUUGAUUGCUGCUGGCACUUUCGUCAUGAGCGGAUCUAUAUCUACCUCAAGGACAUCGCUAGUUUUAUUUUGGUAAAAAUGUCAUUCACUUUCAGAUGUAUGAACGAUGCGUUUGUACAGGUAAAGGACUUCCUCUGGGUAUGGCCAGCGUAUGCAUUUAAGUUAUUUUUUUGGUUUUUUGUUUUUCUUUUGGUAAUGGAUUCCCUUCCCUCUGUCAUUAUGAAAGUGAAAUGAAUGAUCUGGUGAAAAAGCAGGGAGUGAGUCUUGUCCCUCAGGAGUCAAGGUACUUGCACAUCAUACUUUGGCUACUUCGUUAGAGGUAGAUCAAGUAUAUUCUCGUUCUUUGGAUAUGUUGGAUUUCUUGUUCAUAGCCUACGUUUGUGAGUGAUAUGCACUUUCUAUCCUAAGAUUUGGCACUUGGCGCACUGCUACAAUCCUGGUGGAACUAUGCUCCGUAUAAGUACUUGCAUGUGAAGUGUGCAAUUGCUUGUAAGACAAUGCACAAUGUUUCAAAUGGUGGAGGAUUAUGAUGGGCACUCCUUAUUCUGCGAACGACAUACAACUCUAACAGCGUCAACCCGGCUGCAACCCAAAACCAGGUAUGCACGGGUAAAUCAACUCCACCCAGUUAUCAUCUUGGCGAUAAACUCAUCUGCAAUACCAUGUCAAGCCAGUGAAUAGUUAAGUUGAGGAUGAUGAAGGGAGGAGGUGCUCCCUUACCACCUAUAUGGUCCUAGCAUUAAUCUAUCUUCGGUUCGGCGUCUGCUGUGUUCAAAGGCGUAGUUCGACCUUCAUGAGGUUCCUUUCCAUGACAAGAAGUAAGUAAGCGCCCUUGUCGAUGGAGUUGCCUUCUGAAAAUUAGCGGAACCUAGUCUAAAAUGUGGAAGCAAAAGCACGGAUCAUUUCGAGUAUGCGAAUGUCGAGCUAAUCGAGUCAAACCCAAAUUUCCGGAAGCAUUGGUAUUCUGACGCCUUAUCUGAAAUGAACUCAUUCGUUCUCCCUACGUUUCUAGGUCAUCUUAGUUUAUCCUAGUGUAUCAAGGAGUCCCGGAAGUUUUAGGGAAUAAACAUAUCAACGAUACUUUCGCACGAAAGCCAGAUUUGACGAAACGACUUGAAGCUGCAUGUAGUAUAAUGGAGUAGGCUAAGCACAAUGCUGACGUAACGAAGACAAACCCACCAUUGAGUCUUAUUCCAGAAUAUCAGAAAGUUAUUUAGCAAAGACAGAAAAUUAUCUGAUGGGACCCCUGUCAAACGCAGCACACGUGGAUCGUUUACUUCUAACUCUCAUUAGUUGAGGAGAGUGGGGGAAAGGUGGCCAAGACGAUAAUCGACCUGUGGUUGUAAUAUCCAAGAUUAAAACUUCUGAAAUCUUACACAGCCUACUGUAAUUUACAAAACUUCGACAGAAGUUCUUCAAGUGAUCACUUCCCGUGUGCAGCAGGGUUAACUUAGGGUGCUCAAAUGUGCAAGUGUUGCACAACGAGAUUGAAAGCUACUUAGAGCUCUGAGAAGAAACAUCUUUCUUAUUUACACGCGUAGUCGAUGCACAAGCGACUGGAACAGAAAGUGAACGUUGGAGAAGGGCAGCGUUCUUUUAUGCCAAGUCACUGCUGAGUGUUCGGAAAUUGUAGAGCGAACGGUUCUAAAUGUCAAGUAGUGCCUACUACGGCAGAAGUCUGCUCAGCCGGCAUGAGAUUCCAUCUUAAGGCUACACUACGUACACUCAGACGUCUGAAUGUAUGUAGUGGUGAACAUGUUGCUUUCUGCUCAAGAGUGGCCGGAG